AUGUGCAGGUCUGAUGUCGAUAAUACAACCAGUAUCAAUGGCAUACAUCAGCAGGAUCCUUUGGGUCCACAUGUGACUAUCUGCUACAAAGACGAGCAUCAACUCCCGCGUGUGACCCGUGUUGCUAGUCAUGGCUAUGUUCGUGGAAAAGACGACCUUACAUUUGUGUGCGCAACACAUGCCAGAGAGAAGGCGGACUCGGCCAAAAGGCAGCGAGAGAGAAAGACAGUAUGGCCGUCGGAGGAUGAGCUUGAGGCUGUACCGGAAAUCGCCUACAUCCAUCUUGCAACGAACUAG